AAUUAGCAAAGCCAUGGUGAGCUGCAUGUGAUUUGAUGUGGAGGAACAAGGACUUGAAAUUAUCCACCAGAGUGACCUCAUGUGGCUCUAUCUCCUGUCCGUGGUUUUACUCCUUGCCUUCGGAUGGUUGAUCAGGGACCGUCAGAAGAUCGGCGAUGUCAAAGACAAGUACGUUCUCAUCACUGGAUGUGACUCGGGCUUCGGCAGCCUUCUGGCAAAACGCCUGGACCACCAAGGUUUCUGCGUCCUUGCCAGCUGCCUGACCCAAAAAGGCGUGGACUCCAUGCACAGGGGCAACUCAUCCAGACUGAAGGCCGUCCUGCUCGAUGUGACUGACCGCGUCAGCAUCCAGAAAACUGCCGACUGGGUCCAAGCCCAGGUGGGGGAGAAAGGUCUCUGGGGCUUGGUGAACAAUGCAGGCAGAGCUGUUCCCAUCGGCCCCACAGAAUGGAUGAAGAUGGAGGAUUAUCAUGCAGUCCUGGGCGUGAACCUGCUGGGCUUGAUGGAGGUCACACUCACCUUCCUCCCCUUGGUGAAGAAGGCCAGGGGUAGAAUCGUCAAUGUGGCCAGUGUCAUGGCGAGGAUAUCCUUUGCUGGUGGUGGCUACUGCCUCUCAAAGUGUGGAGUGGAGUCUUUCUCAGACAGUUUGAGACGCGACAUGCAGAAUUUUGGUGUUCAAGUCAGCAUCAUUGAGCCGGGAUUCUUCAGGACGGCUGUGACUAACCUGGAGUGCAUUGAGAAGGACUUGCACAGACUGUGGGACAGGCUGUCGCCUGAAGUCCGCGAGAGUUAUGGACAGAAGUACUUUGAAAAGUAUGUGCAGGUCCAGAGGUUUUCCAUGAACGUGUUGUGCGAUAGCGACCUGUCCAAGGUCACGGACUGCAUGGAGCACGCUCUGACGGCCCGACACGCACGUACCCGCUAUGCCGCCGGCUGGGAUGCCAAGCUCUUCUGGAUUCCGCUGUCCUACAUGCCCACCAUUCUCGCUGACUUCCUGCUCUCUGCCUUGUUGCCAAAGCCGUCCCAGAGUGUCCGAUAGAUUUAGUUUAGAGAUACAGCGCGGAAACAGGCCCUUCGGCCCACCGAGUCCACGCCGACCAGCGGUCCCCGCACACUAACACUAUCCUACACAUACACUAGGGACAAUUUACACUUACU